AUGGAUAACUCGAGCGAAAUCAUCACGUCUAACUUAAGCUGGAGCUGCGCCUCGUGCGCUCGUGCCAGCGGCGGCCACGCGCCCUCGGAGCGAGAUCUGAGUCCCGCUGGUCACGUGGUGGUCGCCGUGUGUCUCGGGAUCAUCGGCACGUUCGGCUUCGUGAACAACGCGAUUGUGCUCCUGCUGUUCUGUCGUCACAAGCCGCUGCGCUCGCCGAUCAACUGCAUGCUCGUGAGCAUCUCGGUGAGCGACCUGCUGGUGUGUGUGCUCGGGACGCCGUUCAGCUUCGCCGCGAGCGCACGGGGACGGUGGCUGAUCGGUGCGCGCGGCUGCGUGUGGUAUGGCUUCAUCAACUCCUUCCUCGGUAUCGUCUCUCUGAUCUCAUUGGCUGCUCUGUCAUAUGAACGUUACUGCACCAUGAUGGGGGCCAUGCAGGCCAACAUCACCAGAUACAAGAAGGUUUUCCUGGGCAUCACUUUCUCCUGGAUCUACUCGUUGGUGUGGGUGGUUCCUCCGCUUUUCGGGUGGAGCCAGUAUGGCCCCGAGGGUCCCGGUACGACCUGCAGCGUUAACUGGACCACAAAAACAGCAAACAACGUGUCCUACAUAGUCUGUCUUUUCUUUUUCUGCCUCAUUCUUCCGUUUGUAGUGAUUGUGUACAGCUACGGAAAACUGCUGCAUGCCAUCAAGCAGGUGACGAGGAUCCACACGGCGCUGAGUCGUAAGCGUGAACAGCGGGUUCUCCUCCUGGUGGUCACAAUGGUGGUGUGUUAUUUGCUGUGCUGGCUGCCGUACGGUAUCAUGGCGCUCGUGGUGACGUUCGGAGAACCCGGACUGGUCACGCCCGAGGCCAGCAUCGCGCCGUCUCUGUUAGCCAAAACAAGCACCGUGAUCAACCCCAUCAUCUACAUCUUCAUGAACAAGCAGUUCUACAGGUGCUUCAGAGAUCUGCUCAUUUGCUCGUCUUCAGCUCGAGCAUCACACUAUAGAACCUCCUCCAAGGUCACAAAAUCUCUCAGGAACAUUAGACGAGCCAACGCUCCUGAUACAACUCUGAACCCAAAUGCCGUCUGCAGUCCAGACAGCCACAAGAGUGUCUCACAGCCCGACACCUGUUCUCCUUCAGGUCCCGUGAAGCCUGUAGUCUCUCUGGUUGUCUACUACCACGAAUGA